CUACCACAAUUUUGAUUACAUGUUGCCUAUUAUGGUCAUUAUUUCUAUUGGUUAUAUCAACAUUUGGUUUAUUCUAUUAUCGUCUUAUUGAAAACAAAAGUAUACAUUUUCAUCAAAGUGAUAUUUUUUUUAAUGAUCUUAUUCAAUAUCCUAAUCAUAACAUUCAUACAAAAGAAAAAUUCAUUACUACUACUACUACUACUCUACCAAUUCGUAGUAAUGAAGAUAUUUAUGCACAAAUAACAAUGGAUGG